UCACACCCGCCCGCUUCCGCCGCUUGACGCUCGGAGCAGUGACUUCCACCCCUCCGAGAGUAUGACCCAGGCGGAGAAGGGGGAAGCGGAGAACGGGAAGGACAAGGAGCGGGAUCGGGAUCGGGAGCAGCGCGGCGUCAAGCGGCCCAUCGUGCCCGCCGCCGUGCCCGAGUCCCUGCAGGAGCAAAUACAGAGCAACUUCAUCGUGGUGAUACACCCCGGCUCCAGCACCCUGCGGCUCGGCAGAGCGACGGACACGCUGCCGGUGGCCAUUCCCCAUGUUAUCGCACGGCGGCACAAGCAGCAGGGGCAGGCGACCUACCGGGACAGCUGGCUCCUUAGGGACGGGCUCAAUAAACCUGAAAGUACUGAGCAGAGACAAAAUGGCCUUAAAAUGGUGGACCAAGCAAUAUGGUCCAAAAAGAUGUCAAACGGUGCGAGGCGCAUACCAGUGUCACCUGAUCAGGCCAGGUCAUACAAUAGACAGAUGCGGCCAGCUAUUUUAGAUCACAGUUCUGGGGCCAAGUGGACAAACACAUCAAAUCAUCCUGAAUUUUUGGUAGGAGAAGAGGCACUGUAUGUUAAUCCACUAGAUUCAUACAAUAUACAUUGGCCUAUUAGAAGAGGGCAGUUGAAUCUCCAUCCAGGACCUGGUGGCUCCCUCACUGCAGUAUUAGCAGACCUUGAAGUUAUAUGGUCACAUGCAAUACAAAAAUAUCUGGAAAUACCAUUGAAAGACCUAAAGUACUACAGGUGCAUUUUACUGAUUCCAGACAUCUAUAAUAAGCAACAUGUGAAAGAACUGGUAAAUAUGAUCCUAAUGAAGAUGGGCUUCUCAGGGAUUGUUGUACACCAGGAAUCUGUCUGUGCCACCUUUGGAAGUGGUUUAAGCAGCGCGUGCAUUGUAGAUGUGGGAGAUCAGAAGACAAGUGUUUGCUGUGUAGAAGAUGGUGUUUCCCACCGCAACACCAGGCUGUGCCUUGCAUAUGGAGGAUCUGAUGUGUCAAGGUGUUUUUAUUGGCUUAUGCAACGAGCAGGAUUCCCAUAUAGAGACUGCCAGUUAACUAAUAAGUUGGAUUGCCUACUGCUUCAGCACCUAAAGGAGACAUUUUGUCAUCUAGACCAGGAUAUUUCUGGAUUGCAAGAUCAUGAGUUCCAGAUCCGGCAUCCAGAUUCUCCAGCUUUACUGUACCAGUUCCGUUUAGGGGAUGAGAAAUUACAGGCUCCAAUGGCUCUGUUUUAUCCAGCAACUUUUGGAAUUGUUGGACAAAAAAUGACAACUUUGCAACACAGGUCACAAGGUGACCCUGAGGAUCCUCAUGAUGAACAUUAUCUGGUAGCCACACAAAGUAAGCAGGAGCAGUCUUCAAAAGCUACAGCUGAUAGAAAAUCUAUGUCAAAGCCUGGUGCAUUUGAAGGAGACUUGAGAGGCCAAGCCUCAGACAUUUCAGAGAGGAUGUACCCACAAGAAGUAGAACUAGGAUCUUCCCAGAGUGAUUGUAUGAUGUCUGGAAAUGAUUCAGAGGAGCCUUUAACAGCACACAUGUCCAGGAAAACAGCUAUUUCUCAGUUUGAAGGCAAAGCCUUAGGCCUUGACAAAGCCAUACUUCAUAGUAUUGACUGCUGUGCAUCUGAUGAUACAAAAAAGAAGAUGUACAGCUCUAUCUUAGUAGUGGGAGGAGGCCUCAUGUUUCAUAAAGCUCAAGAGUUUCUUCAACACCGAAUUCUAAACAAAAUGCCACCUUCUUUCAGAAGAGUUGUUGAAAACGUUGAAGUCAUCACAAGACCCAAGUCUGUUUUGAAUUUAGGACAUGGAUCCCAGGUUAAUUGCAUGGAAAGGAGGUGCUGUUUUAGCCUGUCUUGAUACAACUCAGGAGCUGUGGAUAUAUCAGCGAGAAUGGCAGCGGUUUGGUGUCAGAAUGUUACGAGAACGAGCUGCAUUUGUGUGGUAAUGAAUGGAUACGGUUACAGUGGAACCUGCCUAAAUGAAGAUUCCUUUCUCCAGAUGCCCCUUUUUCCCCAGUGCAGAUGUGUUGAUCUUCUGCUGAUAGAUAUUUUUGUGUUUUAUUAAAAUUAAUUUCAACUGAUAUUUUUUCCAAGUGGUGCAAGAAAUGCACAUUACUUCAGCAUUGCUGUCCUUCCUCCUUUGAAUUGUAUGCACUGACAUCUGUGUACAGAGUAUCUCAGUCAUCUCCUAAUUUACUAUAUCUGUAUUAUACAAGUUAUGUAUAUGAGAAUUGCACCUUGUGGGAAUUUGAGGCAUAAACUAUUGAUGUGACAGAUGUUAAACGAAGAUUCAUGCCACAUACACAGAAGCAAUAGCUGAAGAGUGCAGGUUGUGGGUUUCAUGCCUUAUUCUGAUUCCUACUCUAAUAUUACCAGGAGAUGGAAUUGUUAUUAUGUAAUUAUUAUGUAAUUGUUAUAUAGAUCAUCAUGGAAGAAGUGAAAUGGAGACCCAAAACUACAGUUGUUGUUAGUAUUUUGUUAUAUAAUAAAUGAUGAUACUCAAAGA